GAGGAGCAAGACUCCUCCCCAUUCAAUAAUAUAACCAUUACUAACACAUUGUGGAAUGGACCCUCAAACACGCGCUUUCUUUGCCGAGCUGCGCAAAGAUCCCAGCAAUUUGGGCUGCGUGGAAUGCGGAACCAGCAAUCCUCAAUGGGCUUCAGCUUCGUGCGGAGCGUCACGAUGGACACUUGGGCACCCAAGCAGCUCAAGAUGAUGCAGCUGGGCGGUAAUGGGAACUUCAAGCGGUACAUGGAGGAGCACGGAGUGCCCGCCAACGCCAGUCUCGUCGACAAAUACAACAGCGAGGUUUGCCGGGUCUACAAGGACAAGAUCAACCGCUUGGCCGAGGGCAAGCCGUGGCAAUCGCCGAAGCAGAAGCCCACCUUCCGCUCCAGCCAGGGCGGUCUGGGCUCGCUUGGCUCCAGCGGGAACUCCUCCCAGAAUAGCAGCGGCGGCGGCAGUGGGAGUGGCAGUCGCGGCAAGAAGGAUGACAGCUGGGAGCGAUGGCUGGACGAAGACGACAAGGGAAGCAGCAGCAGCGGCAGGCGCGACCGAGAUAGGAAGGACAGGGACAGAGAGCGAGGCUCCAGGGACAAGAGACGUCCCCCGCCCUCCAUGGAAUCCGUCGACUCCGCGUCGGGGUCGGGCCAGUCGCGCGAGAGUGCGCUGCGCACUCACGCCUACAACGGCGACAACGAGCAGCUCCAGCGGUUCCGCACCUCGCAGGCCAUCUCCAGCGAUGACUUCUACGGCAACUCCCAGGGCAACGGCCAGCAGCCAAGGCAGCAGGACGACUGGAACACGGACGAAUACCUAUCCUAUCUCAACGCCGGCCUGCAGAAGCUCACAGUUGCGGCGUCGGUCGGCGUGGAGAAGCUGGCGGAGUCCACGAGCACGGUGACCAAGAACAUCCAGGAGCGCAAGUGGAGCGAGGACGCCAACGCGUGGAAGCAGACCAUGGUCGAGACGUCGUCGCAGGGCUGGGGCCUCGUGUCGUCUUACUGGCAACAGGCCAAGCAGUCUAUCGUCGACCCGACCGUCUCCUCGUGGCUCGGCUACCCAACCGAGGGCGGCGCUCAGCAAGGUUCCGGCGGGCAGCAGCAGCACCAACCGCAGCAGCCACGCUCGGGCGGAUUCGGAGACGGCGGCUAUCCACAGCAGCAGCAGCAAUCGCAGCAGGACGACGGGAACGGAUGGGGUAACUCGAGCUGGGGCUCCAGCGGCGAGCGGCCGUCGUCGUCAAGGUCGCAGCUGCAGAGUAGCACCGGAAGCGGCGGCAGGAGAGAGAAGAAGAACAGCGGCGGUGGCGAGAGGAGGAAGAAGGAGAGCAGCAGCAGCAGCAGCAAGAGCAAGAAGGUGGGCAACGGGUGGGAUGACAUCGCAUGGUCCUCAGACAGCGAUGACGACGGCGGCGAUCGUCGGAGGAGCAAGCGGAGCGAGGAGAAGAGGUCCACGCCGAGCGCCUCGAGGAAGCCGGCGGCGAGCGCGUCUCUCAGCCACAGCGGCAGCGGCAAUGAGACGGCUGCGGCUGCGGAUGACGGCUGGUCGACGCCGAUCCCCAGCAGCAACGGGUGGGACGACCCCGACGACACGCCCCUCUCCGGGUGGGACGACGUCGGCACGACCACCACCGGCGGCGGCGGUGGCGGCAAGAAGGCCAACAACGAUGGCGACGACUGGUCGUGGGAUGUCCCUUCUCCGUCCACGACGGCUCGUUCGUCGAGCAAGCGCGACUGA